ACAAUAUGGCAACAUCAAACUUCUGUUUACUAUUUACCAUGCUCUAUGCUUCUUGCUUUUUUAUAAUGAAGUUGUAAGUGCCGAUUUACUGUUAAAAUAUGGAUAUGCUGGAGAAGGAUGAAUUUUUGAAGGUAUAUCGCAGCAUAAAUGCCCAGUUGAGAAAAAAGUUCGUAGGAUUUAGACAAGAAGUUCGUAGGCCGAAUGUUAUAGAUGCAGUUGAUGGCUUUGAAAAUUUGGGUCGGAAACAGCUUGAUCUUGGAUUUACCGAGUUAAGUGCGGCAUGCAGACUUGCAGCUGCCCAGUUGGAACGAUCUGUCAGUAUUAAUGCUGUUUCAAACAAUGGAACAAGACAAGGGGUCGAGUACAAUAAUUUAUAUGUGGAAUCAGCACGAACUUUCUGUUUCACCAACCAACAACUUGUCAUAUAUGAAUGCUAUGAAGGGGCUAUUGGCAGUACAAAUGAUACAUGCUUGGCAUGGUUUACUUCAAUGGAAGCAGGGCAAACAGCUCUCUGUCUGAAUGAUUACCCAAAUGCCAUUAGCUUCUUCACUAAAGCUUUCAAAUUAUCUCAAAAUGAAAUAGAGAAAAACCUUUCUGGAGACUGUUUGAUUUCAUCCUUCAUUCACCAGGGAUCUUUCAGAGAAGCAUUAAAAAUUCUUGCUGCUAUUAAACCAAACCAAGAGAAUAUGAUAACACAAAUUCUUUUAGCAUUGAAUCUCCAAAGGUGUGGAGACUUUCAACUGGACCAGAUUCUACCUGCUACCAUCCAGAAUCCAGAAGACUGCAUACAACCUCAGUCCCUGCAAUAUGCAAUUGAGGCAUUAAAAUUAGGGGAAUUGGAUGAAACCUCAGCUCAAGAGAUCUGGUCAUACUUAAAUCUUGAUCAACAACAACUUCUGCUCUGCUUGUCAAAUCUGAUGUAACAGAAAAUGCAAGCAGAAUUCUAUUGAAAGUCAUACAUUUACUUGUCAUACAAAACUGUUGGUGGCAAUGGUGGAAAAUCACAAUUCAAGUCGUACAUGGUUUUCCUGGUCUCCAAAUGUUUGGCUUUGUUAUACUUGUCUUCAAGAUCUUUGAGAGUCAUAUUUGGUCUGGUGUUGACAAUACUCUGUUUGCUUUUGCGUUUCUGUGAUUUUUCUGUGUCUUUUAAAACAUUAUUUACAUGAA